GAUUGUUUCUGGGUAAAAACAUUCUCUUUUAGCCCCAAUGACCCACUAAUGUGCAACUCUCCCGUUGCUAUGGAAACCAACAUCGAGAAACUGGAUCCGCUGAGUGUCAUUGGACCAUUAUAUUCGGAUGAAAGUCAUGGCUGGCUGAGUCCUAGUAUUUCUUCUUGCUCUUCCGUCACAUCUAAGGGUUGUGGAAGAUCUAAAAUGGAGGAUGAAACUACCUGCAGCGUUCAACGCAGUAUUACAGAUACAGUCAUCAACGGCUCCAUAAAAGAGACUUUCAGCCUCACUGUUGAUGCCAAGACUGAGACGGCUGUCUUCAAGAGCAAUGACAAGUGCCAGUACGCAAUGGAAUUCCCUUAUGGCCCUCGAGAGGAAAUGUCCAACAUAGAUGAUGCCAAAUUGGACCAGAGUGCCAUGUCCUCGGAGCCAGCAGUCAAUGGAGCACCAUGAGAAAUGUGUAUUCCGUUUCUGGCCAGCAUAAUCUACCAAUGAGAAGAUUCUCCUGAUGAAAUGGCAGAGGCCACUGGUCGAGCGUGGUCAUCCACUUUCUCCCUCAUCGGAAUCUGCGACAUUGCCAUCAGCUCAGAUAAAUGGCAGUGGUGUAAUGUUGUUUUAAUCCGCAACUGACAUCAUCUCGUGCAAAUUUAUUUAGGAAUGUUACUAUGGUUGAAAAGAUGAUUGUAUGAAUAAAAUAUUUUCGAAAAAUGUAAAAAUGACACACAUUGUAAGGGAUUGAGCUGAAGUCCUGUGCACAGUCCAAAAUGUAGCAAAAAAUGUUGAAUUUGACUUAUGUCUCUGCCAAUUCAAAUGUAAGCUUUGUGUAAAUAUGCAUACCUGCAUGAAACGUCAAUUAAAAGGCACCACAUGUGACACCACACACGCGUGUGCACACACUCAAACACACACAGAUACACACGAUCCCAGACUCCGAACUUCAAUUUCAUUAGACAACCACAUAGGAAAUGGCUAGUUUUAGCUUGGAUUCAAUGUAAAGACAAAAUGGCGAACUGUGUUCGCCGAACACUGUUCAGUUGUUCUACUUGAAAUGCUUCCUAUAGGGAUUUGGGUAUACAGUAAUCCAAAUCACAAUUUCGUUUAAAUCUUCACCCUAUUAUACAGCAGAAUAAUUGUAGUCUUUCUUUGAGCUACAUUUAUAAAAGUAACCUGUGCUGAAUUUGUUAAGUUUGCUUACUUACAAGGUAUUUUUGUGGGGCAGGGGGUAUUUAUCAUGGUCAUACUGUAGACAGAAUCUCACCUGGUAACACAUUGCGCCACAAUGGACUGAAAUCCGCAAGGUCCCCCCUCCCCCGCGCGCCAUCGACAUUGACUCGGAAGUCCUGGGCUAAAGUGUGAGUGGUCAGGUAAAACCCAAGUUGAGCUAUUUAGCAUCUCCUUGACCAGCCAUGAUCGGAGGAUGAAAAAAAAAAAAAA